CCUGGGCCUGCCCACCCCGCGCCCUUCCCGCCGCGGUGCCGCAGCCGACAUGAAGCAGCCAUCUCUCCCUCCCUUUGCCAGCCUUCUCCUUGUGGCCCUGCUGUUUCCAGGGCCGUCCGGAGCCCGCUAUGUUAACCCCUCGGGCACUGCGGGGCCCAGAGAACUCGCGGAAGGGUCGCCUGGUCCCUCGUCACGCCGCCAAGUAAAACGCUACGUCUUACCGCCGCGUACCCCGCCUUACGAGGAACCUGAACCAAAUUUCUAUGUUGUCAACUGCAAGAGAAGUGAAGGCUACUGUCAAGAAUUUUGUAACUAUAUGGAAACGCAAGUAGGCUACUGCUCUAAAAAGAAAGAUGCCUGCUGUUUACGUAGGAGCUGACGUUGCUGACGUAGAAGCCCAAGCUCAACCACCUGCCUGUUCUCCUAGGCCACGACUCUGUCAGUCCCGGAUUUCUGAGAAGUAUCUGAGCAGGGAGGAGCUGAAGUUACCGUUCGUGCCAGACAGUCUAAACAUUUUAUGGUGGCAAAAUAAAUGACAAAAAUGCUACACGCGAUCUUACACAAAGUGACUUAGCUUAGCUUAUGCUGGUAGAUGUGUAUGUAAUAAAAUGUCACAGGAAAGCAUUCAAA